AGCCAGUAAUCGUCAUGUAAUAAGGUAUCCCCCUCCCCCCAGCCCGUCGGACGUCGCCCGAUGAGACAAGCAAAACUGAGAGCAAGAGAGAGAAGCGAGGGGGAGAGAAUGUGAUUUGAUUUCCCCGCCUUCUCUCCUUCAUCCGACUUGUCAUCUUUUUACCUCGGUGAAGGUCUCAUCACUCGCAUUCAUAAACUCGGUGACAUUUUACUGAAUGGUACCUCGGUCAAUCUUCUGCCAUUUAAAAGCAAUGAUAUCACACCAGCACGCAUGGCACAGACAUUUCCCGGAGGAACCCACCCGUCAAUGCAGCUUCCCUUCUGCCCUACGAGCUAUCUUUAGUGAAUGUUCCCUGGGCAGCUCCAUCACCACCGUCGCAUCAAACCAAACGGUUAUUUCUUGGCUCUCGAGAAUGUUAGGCAAGCUCGCAAACCAAGUGGUCCUUCGUCCCAUCUUCGUCGUCCUCCCUGUCCACAGACUCAAAAGACUAAGGUAAGGGGGACUUACCUCAUGCCUCAACGCCAGUGAAAAAAGGCCAACGGCUGAGAUUCUCCAGUCGACUGCAGCAUGCAAUGUAAUGUAAGCAUGAAACCACAGCUCGCCAUUCGGCCCAAGUUUUUUCUUCCUAUCGCACUCUCUUGCUUCCCCUCGGCCGCCCUGGUCUAAGGCUCCCAGCUGAAGACAAUCACUACCGCUUCGUGCUGCUUCUCAUCCUUCGCCCCGGCCACCCCGGCCCCAAAGCCUCCCCCUCAUCAUCCCAUCUCUCUCUGCUCACGAGACUUGGCGAUUUGGGGGCGCAUUCGAGAUCGUGUGAUGCCUUACCAUUCCAAGCAUUGCACAUGCGUUUCGCAGAGACAGAUGAAUGGCAAUCUCACAGGUGCCAGUGGAAGUGUCCAGAAAUGAAUGAAAUAGCACAAGAUAUCGUAG